UACAAACACUUUUGUCUAAAAAAAAAUCAUCAGGAAAAUCUACAAGCAGGCCAGGCGGCAUUUAAAACAUUGUGAAAUUGUAAAUCUUACAUAGUAAAAGCGUUUUUAUGAAUAUGGCUGACGGUGAUAAUGCAAUGGCCAAAAAUCGGGACACCAAAUCAACAGCUGGUAUGCAGAUAAUUCCCGGCGAGAUGGUGGCAUCAAUUGAAGAAAUUGUGAUGAUCGAUCCUGAAUGCUAUGAACUUGAUUUGAAUCAUCGACGCAUAGACAAACUGGAGAAUUUUGAGCCUCUAAUUAAUAUUGAGCGAUUAUAUUUGCGUUGGAAUCUUAUAAAGAAAAUUGAGAACUUGGAAAUGCUGAAGAACCUUGUAGAGCUGGAGCUUUACGAUAAUCAAAUUACAAAAAUUGAGAAUCUUGAUGAACUGGAGAAUCUGGAGAUUCUGGACCUCAGCUUCAACCGACUGACCAAAAUCGAGAACUUGGACAAACUACUCAAACUGCAAAAAUUAUAUUUUGUGGCAAACAAAAUCAACUUCAUUGAAAACAUUGGCAUACUAACCAAUCUUACGAUGUUAGAACUUGGAGACAACAAGUUGAAAAAGAUUGAAAAUAUCGAAAGUUUGGUGAAUUUGCGUCAGCUAUUUCUAGGCAAGAACAAAAUAGCGAAAAUUGAAAAUCUCGAUACUUUAAUAAACCUUGAAAUAUUGAGUCUUCAAGCAAAUCGUAUUAUCAAGAUUGAAAAUUUGGAGAAGCUGACUAACUUGAAAGAAUUGUAUAUAUCAGAAAAUGGUAUUGAAAUCAUUGAGAAUUUGUCCGGCAAUAAAAACUUGGACACACUCGAUCUUGCCAAGAAUAGAUUGAAGACAAUAAGCAAUUUGGAAGCACUAGAGCAGCUGGAGGAAAUAUGGUUGAAUGAUAAUGGUAUCGAUAACUGGAAAAAUCUGGAAGUGUUGAAGAUAAACAAAUCACUACAAACAAUCUACCUAGAACACAAUCCAGUAGCUACAGAUGUCCGCUAUCGCUCCAAAUUGCGUGACAUUCUGCCCCAUCUGCAAAAAAUAGAUGCCACUUUGUGUGUGAUGCCAGGUGCACAAUCGUAAUUAAAAUCCAAAAAUAUAAAAACCGCUGAGUAUAACUAAGCGUUAACAAAUAAAUUAUACACUUAAAUAAAUUUCCAAUUAUCUUGUCACUGUGGAACAA